CACUAGUUACAUUCUUACGUACACCCACACAUACACCAUCCUUUUCCCUUCAUUUAAUCCUUCGUGGAUUGCAAUUACGAACUAGCAUUACCCCCUACUCUUUCUUCCUGCAAUCACGCAGAUAUACAUUGAAAAAAACGCACCUAUUUCUCUCUCACGAAUUUCGUGUGAGAGAAAGAAAUAUUAAAGUAAAUGUAAACGAUGAACAUCUGAUCCGUAUCCUUGAAUUAUUGGAAUCGUAUCCAUUAAGUACUUACGUGGUAAUUACAAAUUCUUAAUUAAUUUCAACGAGUGGGUCAUGUAAAAAAGUAAAAACAAAAUAUGUCUUGUCUCUGUUUAUUUUCCACACGAAUAGUGCGCAAUGAAUUUCUUUUAAUUUUCACGCCGUUUUCACGCGUUAAUUAAACGAUUAACUGUCGCUAUUCGAAGAACGAAGCUGCUUUCUGUCCGCUUCCGUCCAGCGGUCGUAGGUGGAACGCUCGUAGAGCGUCGCAACUCGACGGAGUUUCAACGAUGGCAUAGGUGGGAUAAAUUUGGAAUCGACCAUCUCGUUUCGAACGAAACACGCGUACGUUUUACGUUAGUUCCGUGGCUGGUUUCGCUUCGAAAAUUAUUUCUCCAACGCGUUGAGCCGAAAACUCGAGAAAAACUUUCACGCGCUCGACCAAAAGUUUCGGAAAUAAACCUUAUUCUAAAAACCAUCGUCAAUUAUAAUAAUCGUCGACGGGCUAUGUUCAUCGAAAUAAACAACAUUGCUAUCGCGUGAUUCGACGUGUUUCGUAAUUUACAGAACGUCGAUAACUCGGUGCAAGAGAGAAAUUAAAAGAAAAAGACGAGCGCAGUAUUUGAAAUUGUUCGAAGCUUCUGAAACACACGGACCGUUUCGAGUACAUAACGAAGAUACAAUUGUGCAAUAUUCGCGAAUAAAUACGAAAUUACAAAGCGUUUUGAUGCGCCAUCGUCGAACCGAUUAGAAGUUCAUCCGCGCGGUUCGUUCGUUUCGCGGAAGGUGAACGGAGCAUUUGUUAGCGAGGCGAAUAAAGAUAUAUCGGUUGAUCGAAGCGCGAUCGUGGACAGGAAGGAUAUCGAAGGCAGAAUCAGAAAAAUUCGGAAAGAUAGGAUGGAAGAGGAAAAGAGAAGAGAAGCAGAGAUUUGAGCGUGGUUCGAGGCGGAAAGCACGAUGGCACGUUCGCGACAGGAAACGUUCGAACUGAUGGUCGAGGCUGAGAAGCCCUCCAAGUGCAUCGGGUUCCUGCGAUUUUUGUGGAAGUUCUUCAGAUGCGUUUUUUCCCACGUAUCGUUGGUCUCGUUGGUCGUGCUUUACUGCGUGAUCGGCGCAUAUACUUUCGAAGCCCUCGAAGCGAAUCACGAGAAAGAGAUAAAGAGAAACAUCAAAGACAUACGAGGAAACGUAGCGGAACAGCUCUGGAAGAUCACGAAAGAAGUGGAGGUUCUGAUUCGCGAAAAUUGGACGGAGAAGGCGUUGCGCGAGUUAAAGGUAGCAUUUUCAUCGGUCACGUUCCGUAACGAGCAUCGCACCAAUUUCUUCCCGACAUAUGCCUAUUUGUUCCCGCAGAGUUUCGAGAAUAGUCUCGUGUGGGUUAUGGAGAAAGAGGGCUGGAACGGCAGCGAAGGAGAGGACGAUAUUCAGUGGACUUUUGCCGGUGCUCUAUUUUAUUCCAUCGUAGUUAUUACGACCAUCGGAUACGGUCACAUCGCUCCGAAGACGAAGAACGGGAAAGUCGUGACCAUAUUCUACGCAAUCCUUGGGAUUCCCCUGAUGUUACUCUGCCUCUCCAACAUCGGCGACGUUAUGGCGUCGAGUUUCAGAUUUUUAUACUGGAGAGUUUGUUGCUACAUAUGCACGAAACCACCGACGAGAAGAAGGAGACCGAGAACUCAUUUCGGAAGAUCGUAUUCCGUCCGACAAGCAGGACGGUACGGAGCGAGCAGAGGAGGCUUUCGAAGAUCCAUCAGAACGAGCGACAGGUCCGCGGAUUCGGUUCUAGGCCUCUACGAGUUCGCGGCAAGGUCGUCCUUCCCCGACGUGGAUCACAAAUACAACGUUCGUCGCUACGGGGAUAACGAUCAGAAGAGGCCGAAUCCUUCUUAUCCUUCCUCGGUGAAUCGAAAUUUCGGAUCAAAGUCUGCUACGGUGAGCAGGUACUCGGAUCUAGCCGUGUCCACUCCGAAAACGCCCAGAGCUAUUCCCAGUCCCAAGAUGACCACGCAAUCGUUGGACAGGAAGUUGCUGAUGCGUUCACCGACCGACACCGAUCGUUCGGCCGUCUUGUGCAACAAAUACGCCUUGGAUGAUUUGGAGAACGAGCUGCGUCGAUGGCGGACUUCCGCCGGAAGCAACAUUGCAGCAGGGAAAGGGAGCGAAGCGAACGACGCAGGAUCGACCGAAAGGACGAGAAUCGAUUCGAAAGACGCGCCAUCGGCGACAAGGUCCUUGCCCAGAAGAUGCCUAUCGAUGGAGGGUGCUACCACGAAUUAUAAGAGAAGUUUGGCAUCGGCUCAGCGACCGUCUUCCUUUUACCUGGAAGCGGAGUACGGGAGAAGAGGUCAGAGUACAAAGGGAAGACGUUACAGAAGUAACUACCCCGUUGCUCGACCUUACAGACGAGAGUCGUUAGCGCCGGAGCUCGUGGGCUAUGCCGGACACAGGCAAAUAUACCCGGACGAAUUCGAUUCCGAAUACGAGUAUUAUACCGGCGACGAUCAGGAAAGACAACCCAUCAAGCCGGUACCGAUCUGGUUAUGCGUAUUCUUAGUAGUUAGUUACAUAUUCGGAGGCGCAUUUUUGUUUAGCGCCUGGGAACACUGGCCCUUCCUCGAUUCGGCUUACUUUUGCUUCAUCACCCUCACGACUAUCGGAUUCGGCGAUUUCGUACCGGCGUACAAGCUCGACGCUCACAAAGGGAUCGCGGUUUGCUCGUUGUACUUGCUAUUUGGAAUUGCUUUGCUGGCGAUGAGCUUUAAUCUGGUACAAGAGGAGGUCAUCAACAACGUGAAGAACGUCGCGAAGAGGCUCGGGAUCAUCAAAGAGAGCGACGACGAGGAAGAAGCCGAGGACUACGACGCGUACGACGUCGAAUACAACGACGAGGUCGACAACGAGGAGCUCGAGGGCUAUGUCCUCGAUAGCCCUCGAUGUCACUCGAUGCCUCGAAAUUCUCGCGGAAUUUCCGUCGCGUAGCGUCCCGAAUUUCUUUUCAUUCGUCCACCGUCGCGUCGCCUCGCACCUCCCUCUGACACCGUUCUUUUCAAAAUCUUUCAACGAACAAUUAAACCGAUACCGAUUAACUCCGACAAAAAUCUACCGUGUCCUUUCAACUUCGAUUUCUUCUCGAUGUCUCUCGCUCUAAAUAAUGCCAUUCUAUCUCCGACAGACUCUUUAAUUCGUGUCUCCGAUAUCGGUUCGAAUAAAAUUCAUUUUUUAUAUC